AUGGAGAAAGCUCUGUUUGUCACGGAAGGUGACCUACUCUAUUCAAAGUUACAAUGUGUAGAAUGUGGAAAAUGCUUAUCAGUUGGGCCCGUUAGUGAAAUGGGUGAUGGGUACGUAUGCGGCCGAUGUUUUCCAGAAAGAAUGCCAGUUCCGCUAUAUGCAACCAUCGCCGAGCAUUUCACGUUUCCAUGUUCCUUCGCAGAUUGUGAUGCAGAACUGAAGUGGGGAGAUGUGAAAGAACACGAAAGCCUCUGCUUUUUUCGCGAUAUGUCAUGCCCAUACAUUGGAUGCGUUGAAACUUACAAGUUAAUGUAUUGCCUAUCUCAUUUCAAAGUGAUGCAUGUAGUGCAUUAUGGAAUAUUCUGCAGUGAUUAUAUAAGUGUAAAUGUAUUAAAUUACGUUGCAGACUUACAUUGUAUAGCUUACAAAGAAAACGUAUUUUUAGUAUUCAUCAAAUUAUCUAGAGACCCUACGAAUGGCAACAUCGAAGCCCGAUUUAGUGUAACUUUUGCUGCUAUUGAAACUGAUGGCUCUCGAAUAGAAUGUGAAGUUAAAAUAAUGAUAAAUCCCGAUAAUACCGUUAAGAAAGUAUUCAAAUUUGACGAUAUGGAAGAGUAUACUGAUACACAGCAUUGCCUAGGUUGUUCGGGUGGAUUCUGUGAUAAGCCAGGUCAUCGAAACAAUGGCAGCAUUUCUUUCACUAACGUCUUAGAGUUUAGAACAGAAAACUUAUUUUCCUACUCUAUUAGAAUAUAUGAGAAAAAGACUAGUGGUAGUCGCAUUGCUGAAUGCCCCGUUUGCUAUGUUGUUUUCGAUAGUCCCAUAUACCAAUGUCUCACAGGACACUCAUUCUGUUCAACCUGUUACAACUCUCUGAGUACUUGUCCCAUAUGUAGAGUUCAAAUAUCUGGAGAACCGAUCAGAAACUUUGCUCUUGAAGGAAUAAUGAAAGAGUGCGAUAAGGUUUAUCCAGAUUAAUAUCGUAAAUUUUUGUCUCGGUAUUUAUUGCGCUGCAGUACGGAUAGAUUAGUCAGUCCGACCGGUACGCCGGUCGGUGAGCUUAGUCGGCAGGAAUACGCGAAUCGAGAACAAUUCUCUAUCAUUCUCAGUUUUAAAGACAAAUGUUCAAGGAAAUGUAUGAUGAGCGAAAUAUGACUAAUACUCGUUGGUACGUAGCAGUACCGAGGUUGAGAGCGUAUAAAUAUAACAUCAAAACAAUUUCAACCUCAGGCAAAUGUUUUCUGAAAAUGAUCAGGAGCCUCUGAAACGUCAAAAAACGAAGUUUGAUCAAUUUUUUUUUGGCGUUUUGCCCCUAGCUCCGCCGUCACUGGAUCGAUAUCCCAAAACUACAAAACCUUUUCGUGCUUGGCAUAGAAGUGGUCUUGUGUGAAAAUGUCAUCCAAAUCCAAGCAGUAGGUUUCCCGUUCAUAGGUUGUACACAGGACUCAAUAAUAUUAGCAACUGCGACAUAUUUAAUGGCACUAAAUCUGGCGUCAUCGAACUUUACCUUGAUGAAGUUGUGAGCUAGUACAUUAAUGUUGAUUAUUUACUUAUAUAUUGUUAUUCUUAUCUUUUUGUAUCUAUGUAUUUGCUUACUGUGCUGUGUAUUGAUAUUUUUUAUAUUUCCUGGAAUUGGGUGUAUCUGCCUGCUGGAAAUAAACUUAUUUUAGUUGCUGUAAGUAUUAUAUUAGAUUUCCAUUAUUAAUGGAGCGGAUGUGAAAAAAAAGAAUAUGAUGGAUUAAACGUUUCAUUCAGACAACUUACACACAGAGAACAUACAUUUUGAAUAAAGGCAAGACAAAAUAAUUUUCAUAACGAAUUAAGAUUAAUAUAUCCGUAUAAAUCUAAGUUUCACUUAUCGCAAUUAAACAUAUUAAUCCCCUAUUUGAAGCACAUCGUGAAAACAAAAACAGAAUGAUAACGAAUA